AGUUCGUCACCCAUCCGAGCAAGCACGAUGGCGCUGCACUCCGCUCUUGCUCGCGCCGUUCGCCGGCCAUCGCGUAUGCGUGGCUUCGCCUCCAUGGUUAAGACGACCGACCCUGCCAUCACGGCGCAGCUCGCGAUGUUUCCGGAGCUCAAGGAGAGCCAGGACUUGAUUGCAUCCUCGCAGCCCGCCCGCGCAGUACCGCCGCUGCGCCGCAUGCUGCAGGUGUGCGAGUCGUUCUCGCCGGCGCUCGCGACCGAGACGGCAUGGCUGCUCGGCCAGGUCCAUGCGUCGCUCGGCGAAACGAAGGACGCGAUUGCGCUCUUCCAAAAGGACGCGGUGCACGGAAAGGAGCAAUGUAUCCGCGUCGCGCUGCUUGCCGGCGACGUCGCCCUCGCACGCAGCCUCUUGUCCAAGCCAGGCGCGAUGAGCGCAGACAACGAAGCACUGUAUUUGCCGUUGAUCGACUGGCUCGGCGGCCACCCGAUUUCGGCUGCCAUCGCGUCGACGGAGGCGUACGCCAAGGCCACCGAGGCGCUCUUGGUGCUUGCCACGCACGCGACGAUUGACAAGGAAUCGCGAAAGCUCACGCUUGACGAGGACAUUGCCAGCCAAGUCAUUGCCGCGUGGACAGCGGUCGUCGACGACGCCGCAACCGACGACGCCCUGCGGGCGCACGUGCAUGCCAACCUCGGCGAGCUCUACUUGCUGCACGCCAAGUAUGAAGAAGCCAUGGAGGCGCUCUCGUAUGCGCUCAAGUACCAAGAAACGCAGCCGGCGCUCUCGCUGCACUUGGCGCGGACGCUUGUGCUCCUCGCGACGGGCUACCACCGCUUGGGGAAGGCCGUCUCGGCCGAGGGCCUCUUUACGACCGCGCUGGAGACGUACGAGCGCAGCAAGCUGCAGACGUCGAUCGAGUUGGCCGCGGCGGCCAAAGCACACAUGGCGUACGGCGACCUCCUCUCGCAAUGGGAGCGCCGCGAAGCUGUUGGCGCCAAGCACUUGGCGGCUGGCCAGGCGCAGCUCGGCGCGACGCCGUAUCUCUGGAGCUUUGUCUACUUGCCCUUGUAA